AUGGCGAAAACAUACGAUUAUCUUUUCAAACUCUUGCUUAUAGGGGAUAGCGGAGUUGGGAAGACAUGUCUACUCUUCAGGUUCAGCGAAGACGCGUUUAAUACAACCUUCAUCUCAACUAUCGGAAUCGACUUCAAAAUCAGGACCAUAGAGUUGAAUGGGAAGAAAAUCAAGCUUCAGAUAUGGGACACGGCGGGACAGGAGAGAUUUAGGACCAUUACCACAGCCUAUUACAGAGGAGCGAUGGGCAUAAUGCUAGUUUAUGAUAUCACCAGUGAAAAGUCCUUUGAAAACAUUAAGAACUGGAUUCGUAAUAUUGAAGAGCAUGCAUCAGCAGAUGUAGAGAAGAUGGUUCUUGGAAACAAAUGUGACAUGAACGAGAGAAGACAGGUAUCCAAAGAGAGAGGAGAGAAGUUAGCAAUUGACUAUGGGAUCAAGUUUUUGGAAACCAGUGCAAAAACGAGUGUAAACGUCGAAGAGGCCUUUUUCACUUUGGCUAGAGAUAUCAUGGCAAGACUUAACCGAAAAAUGAAUGACGGCGGUCAAACGGAUGGCGGUGGACCAGUAAAGAUCACAGAGAGCCGAUCGAAGAAGAGCAGCUUCUUCAGGUGCACGCUGCUGUAACGUCUGGAUACAUCAGUAUGGAUUUGUUUCCAUAGUAGUAGCGCUGAUUGGCUGGUCUUACCAGUCACGUGACCUGACGCUGAAAGCUGAGUGGUCAGUCUCCUAUGGCAGAGGGGAGCUUAAAUUUCCAUAGCCCAAAAAGUCAAGACGGAUCAGAGGAACAGAACUG